AUUGGACAUUUAUUGGACACUUCACUAGCUCCGUGAACCUGGGAAAUUAUUUAAUUUCUCUGAGCCUCAUUUUCCUUUUUUAUAGUGCAUAUAAAAUGAGGAAAAUUCCUGUUCCCCAGAUUCUAAUGGGACCACACGGACAUAUUUGAGCAUUUUAGACCGACACCUGGAAUGUAAAUCAUACUGGUUCUCAGUGUGUACUGGGUGCUGUGCUGGACAGAUAAAAUGAUCUUCAUUUUACAGAUUUUGGAACAACUCAGUUGGAGAUGUGGCUUGUCUGGAUCCUUCAGUUGUCAAGUGAUGGCUGAAGUCUGAAUCCAGGUAUUUUUUACUUCAAGCCUAGGAUUCCUCCAUCGUCUUUGAGCUGAUCCUCUCACCCCAAGGUAAUUCCCCUGUCCCUUCCACCACUCAUGCUCUAGUCCUAUCCCUAGCGCUACCUUCCCGCAGAGCCAGGUGAAAGUAGAGUUUAACAUUCGCUGAGCAUGUGCUGUGUCAAAUUCCCUCCCAUUAGAAAUCCAGAGAUGAGAAAGCAGCAGCCCCUGCAGGCUUGCCCAGGAAACAGGUAGCAUAUGCCAGCCUGGGGAGCUGGGGCAGAGAGCCACUCUGGAGUAUCCCCUGGCAAGGCAGGAUUCUGAUGGGGAGACAUUAGGUCACGCUGAGGAGUUGAAGCAGUGUUUAGGAAGGCUUUGCGAAUGGUUAUGGGCUGUUGAGGUUGAGUCUUCAAAGAGUCCCAGACAGACAGGAGGGCGAUUUCCCAUUUGUACCACUGUUUUGAGCCAUGUAUGGGAGCUAGAUUGGUUUGGGGGUUGUGGGUUAAGGUGGGGGAAAUGUGCUGCUCGUUGAGAGCCAGCAUAGCAUUUUCUCUGAGCGUGGUGCUGUCCCAGUUUCAUUGAUGUGGAAACAGGCUCAGAGAGGCCAAGCAGUGGGCAGACCAGUAACACUGGUGAAAGUGAAAUUGAACCUGGAACCUGUCUCGCUCAAUGAGUGUUUCUCAUUUAACCCACAGAAACACGUACUUAUUACUGUUUUACAGAUGAAGAAAUAGAUUAGCAAGGUUACCUUGCCCAAGUUCUCACAGCUCAUCACGGAUCUGGGAUAAUCAAUCUGGGUCCAUUUUCUUCUACCCCUACUGUUUUCCAAAAGAGGAAUUUUCUCUGUCCCCUCCCCUGUGUGUGUGUGUGUCCUUUGGUGGGAGGGCAAUGCUUUUGCUGCCAUUACAGGUACAUUCUGGUCACCAUCAGUACCUCUGAUGGACCUCAGUGGGGGGUCAGUUGAGUCUGGUCACCUUGUGCUGGUUCAGAUGCACCUAUCCUAAUCAAAUACAAAAAAAAAUAAAAAUAAAAACCAAGAUCAUUCAAGUGUAUGUUCCAGCAUGUCACUAUGUGAAGGGCUGCUACUUAUCGAAGUGAUCCUUAUCAGUGGGCAAAGCAGUCCUGGGCAAAGCAGAGCUACCCUACAAGCUUCCAGUUGAAAGAGGCCUUAAGAACUCGUCUCAUACAGCCCCCACGUUGUGUUUUUGAGACUGAGGCAAGGGAGUAGCUCACUAAAAGUCCCACUGUGACUGAGGGAAAAUCUGGGCAAGGGGAGUGGGGAGUCAUGCACCAGGCAGUGGGAAGUGCUUAUCCACACUGUUCUGUUUUGCCUACACCCUGACCUGUUGAUGGCAGUGCCCUGUUGUACAGGAGACACCACUUCGGAAAGGAAGGCAGAGGGGAUUUGGAUCAUGAAUGCCUUCAAUCAAAGCAUACAAAUUCAGUUACACAGGCUUGGCUAAAAAGAGAAAGAAAGGAAAAAUUGAAUAUUACAGCAGAGUAAUAUGCCAGAUGUCCCCGAGGGAGUGUGAGAAGAAAGAUUGAAUCUGAGACCAUAACUGGUACCUGUCUCUGUCCCUCUCCACAGAGCAUCUCACCUCUGAGCAUGACUCGCAUGGAGAAAGGGACACGUUUUUUGUAGAACGUUGUCCUUUGGUGUGAGUCAGCUAGGUAAGCCGAUUGGGCCUUAAUGAGCUGUGUUUCUCCGUGGCAUUGGCACCUUACAAAAGAAUUUUCAAGGAUGACUUUGUACUUAACCUUCUUACACUCCUCCCUCGGUAUGUGACUGGUCAGCAGGUGCACAGACUUGGUAAUUGGCUGCACCAGAACCAGAAAUCAACCUUAGGUCAAGGCUGGUUGCUACUCCCAACUGUUAGGUACUUGUUAUUUAGCUGAUGCCAUUUACGAUCCUAUCUGCCCUUGAUACUGUUAUCACCAGCCUUGCCUUGUUUAGCCAAUGGAGCAUCUGAGCCAUAGAGUGUUACUUGCCUGAGGUCAUCCGCUUGUAAGUGGUAGAGGUAACAACAGCCGCAACAGAGCUGGGGUUUUACACCUAGGACAUCCAGCUCCAGCAUCUGCAUAUUGAACCAGCACCCUGCUGCCUCAGGUCUUCACUGUUCCCUGAGCUGAGCUACCAGGCUGAGAAGCAGGGCCUUGGAACAAAGCUGGAGCCUCUCCCGCCGUGAGGCUGCAGUAAGCACCUGUGACCACCAGAGGGCAGGGCUGUCAGCUGCCUGCCUUUCCUCUUUGGAAUGCUUCCCUUACCUGGGGGCUCUUUGCCUUUCUCUGCAGCCACCAGGGGAUCAAGAUCUUUGCGCUUCUCCUUCAGAGGUUGCUAGAGGAAGCCAGUGAGCCCCUCUAGUGCUCAGCUGCAAACAUGCAGCUGGGGGUGGGGGGCUCCACACUCCCUCUGCCUUCCUGAUGUAUCCUGCUCCCCUGUUCUAAGGUCACGCCACCAUGAGCGUCAAACUCUCAAGUCCCCCAAGGCUCUGCUCCUCCUCUGGGACCAGCUGAGGUGGGGACUGGCAUUGUUUGGACAGACAUGGAGGGGGCCGCGGUCAGGCCAGCCACACACCCUGCCCUUGCCAGCCCUGCCUCUGCGCCUGAGCGGGCUGUGGCAUCUCCACACACUCACGUGUUGUCACCUCCUGUGGCGCUCACAAACAUAAUGAUUAUUGCCACCAUUUGCCGGGUCCCUACCCGGUACUUGACAGCCAUUAUCUGAGUGAGCACUCCCAGCUGCCUGCGAGCUCGGUGCCAUUAUCUGCCUUUUACUGCUGGGCAUUGCCCCCAGAGAGGUCUAGUGAUUUGCCCAAGGUCACAGCUAGUGAGAGGGAAGAGGACAGGAACGCAGAUCAGCCUUGAUUCGCCUGCGCUUCCCGCUGACGCUGAUUGCAUCUUCCACAACAUUGACCUCCCUCGGCUCACCCCACCCCAGAACCAGCUGAACUGACAUCACUGGGUAAAUGAUGCCUCUCUCACCAGCCCCCAGAGGUCAGGGGGCAGCUUCCUGUCCCAGGCGAUGGCAAUAAAGGCGUCUGAGGACACUUCCCACCCUUGGCGCGUCCGAGUGAGGUUCAGAGGCAGGAGCAGGAGCAGUCCUCCGGUUCCCUGGGAGGGUGUGCACUUGUGUGACUGACCAAGAGCCCGCAGGUGUGUGCUUAGGUGAUCGUGGGUAUGUGACCAUAGCCUUGGAGAGUAGGACAGGGACUCUGUGUGCGUGUGUGUGCGUGCGCACACGCCACAGAUACCAACAGGAGGCAGGGGGUGGGCCUUAGGGAGGAUGACCUCACUCCGAUUGGGUGGCUUCUUAGUCCUCCCCCAAGACAAACUUUCCUGGGAUCAAGCUGGUUCCCAGGCGCUGUGAGUCACACACACUCCUCUUUUCUCAUCACAUCCCUGGCUUGUCCCUCUCGUUGCUCCCUUGUACUGUGUCCUCUGAAGGGACCCUGGUCUGGCCGUGUACUGCAGGUGGCCCCUUCCUACUGCACUCUGCUUUCUCACCACCGUGGAGCCUGUCCCCUGUGAGUUGCUCAGCCUCUGGUUGAGCAUGGUUCCCGCAGGCCUCCAAAAUCCAGUACAAUGCUUGAGGCAAGGGAAAGCGGACUUUGGAGUUGGGAGGACACGAUUCUGUUUGGGCCUCAGUGUCAUCUGUGAUAUGCAGGGCAAACACCUCCCCUCAGCCCUGUGGAAGCCAUCGCCAAGCAGUCCAUCAGGAAGCAGCCAGUGUGGGGGCUGGCACGCGGUCCCGAAGAGUGGCCUUCCCUUCUCCAUCUCCUGCCUCCUUCUGGUGCCCCAGAUCCCCUUGGAGCACUGCCCUUCUCUGGGACCAGCGCAGCACUGGGACUAGACAGCUGGCACUCAGCACCAGCUGUGUGGGGGCUCUUUCUGAAUCGCAGCUCCGAAGCCGCCUGAGGUUCCCACCGUCACCAGGUUAAGGACAAAAUUCUUAGAGUGUCUGAUGGCUCACCCCCAGCGCCUUGCCGACCCACUCUGUGUUAGCCCAGUGCUCCUUGCUGCUCUGUGCUGCUGUGACAGAACACCCCCAAAACGAGGAACUGCACUAAACGGGGGCUGCCCACCCAAUGCACAGCAAGCCAGUCGCUGACACUGGGGUGGUAGAAGUCUCUUUUAGAGUUUAUUUUGCAACACGCAGAGCAGGGAGUCAGUUCAGUUCCCGAACUCCCUGAGGACUGAAAGGCAGUGACUCUUAGAGAUGAAAGUGGGGUUUCAGUCAUGUGUGGGCCCUGGUUGGUCCACAGUGUUCCUGGCCUGCCUUUGAACAGUGAUCGGGCCGACACAUUUCGUUUGAAAUGGCAAAGGUGGGCUCUGGGUUAGUGGGGAGAUGGAGCAUGACAUUGCUCAUUCGGGCACUGUGAGCUGCUGCAAGCUCUCAGAAUAGGAGCUGGCAUUGAGAUGUCAACUCUCAGAGCCAUCUGAGUCUGUCAUCCAGGGUCUUCCCCUUGUCUCACUCCCUUAAGGUCGUGAGUUAACCCUUGCAGACCCUGGGCCAGGUCGAGUUCACAUCAAAGGCGUUAGGGCCAGGGGCUCGGCUGCACGUCCUGUACCCAGGCCUCUGCCUCAGAGUUCCCUCCUCCGUGCCUCCAGAUCUUCCCGUCACAGACAGCUUCACGUGCCGCCUCGGCUGGCAAGCAGUGCCCCGCCCAGUGCUGGGGGUGUUCUCUGGCAGAAGCACAGAUGGGCAGAGAAAGACUUUAAAUGCCGGGCUAAGGGGUUUUGCCCCUUAACCCGGCGCAGGCCGUGGGAGGCUUCAGAGCAGGGUGACCACAGGAAGAGCUGUGAUUCAGAAAGACCCCCAGGGCGUUAGUGCAUUCUUGGACCUGGCACCCCAGGCUUACCCCUCCCAUGGCUCCCAGUAGGUUCCCCGCAGUGCCCCCGUGGAUCUGUGCCCGUGUCCUGGCCUCCAGCUAGCCGAGGGCCCCUGGAUGGCCAGGACAGACAGGGGGUGGGGCAAGGAGCAGACAGCAGAUGGACAAUGGGGCCUCCUGGUACCUGGCGGGCCACAGGGGUGUGAGAUGACGUUGCCAAGCAAACAACCAGGCACACCCUCUGUCCACUGCCCAGCUGGCCCUCCAGACCAUCAAAGGCUAGAGCCGGCCCCACAUGGGGCCUGGAGGGAACGCCAGGAUCCCUCUCCCCCGGCCUGGAGUUGGGCUUAAGCCAGCAGACUUCAAACCCUCAGUCCCGGUGUUACACGGACCACUCCAUUUCGGUGGUUCUGUCUCCUCUCUGCAGUGGGGCUCAGUCAGUGGCCACUCCUUUCUUCUCCCCCUUCCCUAGGACAAAGGAGCUAGGAGUUUGGAACCAGGAGGACGGUGCGGGAGGAGUCGGAGUUGAGAGAACUGGGUUCUGUUCUGGAAUUUGUGGCUGUGUGACCACAGCGGCCAUCAAGUCCACCUGCCGUUGAAUCUAGAAAAACCACGCUUUUCUCUAGGCCAAGGCAGUCCUGUGCUUGUACUCACAAUUAUUUACACUCUAUCGGCCAGGUACCCUUGGCCAGUGCACAACCAAUACGUCUGUCCCCAGCAGCCCUGUUUGAUUUCUGAGGCUCUGAGCUUCAGUUUACCCAUUUGUGAAACGGGGUUAUACAGUUAGUUCUUUGGCUUUCCCAGAGCUGUCAGGUCUAUGUGCAUUUUCAUGUCUGGCUCAGAGAGUUCUAGGUUCUCAUAGGAACAGGAAGUUGUUGCACUCUGAAAUGUGUUUACAAGUAGGAUGAGGAGCUCACUCAGAUCGGUGUUGGAGUUCCCCGCUCCCAGCUGGCUCUGUUCCAGGCCUUCCUGCGGAGGUGAAGACAGGGACUCUGAGCCUGCAGGCAGGCAGAGCCAGGCCUGGGAGGACCGAGCCUUGGUGCUCCCGACCCUAAAGUGGCACCGGCACCACCAGGAAGUCACUUAAACAGAGUGAACAACGCGGCGGCCUCGCAGAGGCCAGGGGCUGCCCAGCAGCAGGCAGAGCCCCCGCAGCCUCCAGCAUGGGGGUGCAGGUCGGGAGGGUGGGCUGGGCUUUUCCAUACCCAUGAAGCAGCCCCCAGAGCCUGGCACAGGCAAACCUUGCCACAGGUCAGCCACUGUUGUUGAUGUUGGGAUUGUUACACCAUGACCUUGGUUCCAGAAAGACUCCUCCGUGGCACUGAUUCACUGCCGGCCCCGUGGCGAGUACUGGACUCCCACAGUCUCGGCUCUCGGUGGCUCCCGGGCUAGUCACCAGGUGGACAGUUGAGCCAGCACGUUUUAUGAUGGGAGAGGUGCUGGAGCACACAGCAGUGGACGUGGUCUUAACCCAAGCUCACUGGGGCUGGGAUCAGGGAAGAGAAUUUUCUAGAAAGUCAAAAACCUACAGGGCUGGUGCGGUGCAGCAGUUUAAGCUGCUGCUUGUGACACCGGCGUCCCAUACGGGAGUGUUGGUUCAGUCCCGCUACUCUGCCUCCCAUCCAGCUCCCUGCUAAUGCACCUGAGAAAGCAGUGGAGGAUGGGCCCGGGCCACCCGUGUGGGAGACCAGGGUGCGGUUCCUGGCUCCUGGCUGUUGGAGCCAUUUGGGAGUGAACCAGUAAAUGGAAGAUCUCUUUCCCUCACUCUGACUUUAAAUAAGUAAAUAAAUCUUAAAAAAAAAAAUUACAGAAGGUCUGAGACCUGCAGUGCAGCUGCUGUCGUCCCCGUUUUCUCAGAUGCAGAAACUGGGGUGGAGAAGGGUUACCCAGCUUUUAAAUGCGGCCGCUGGAUUCUACUCCAGGGCUGCCUGGCUCCACUCUGCAGGUCUGGGCCCUGCUUCCUGGAGGGUGCUUUGGGCUCCUGGUUGGGUGGUGAGCUCAGCUGGGACCUGACCACGGCCGGGCAAGGGGGCCUGGCUUCCGUGAGGGCUGCAGGCAGGGCGGAUGGGCUCUCGGUUAGCGAGCAGGGGUGGCGUGGUGGGUGGUGAGGCCAAGCCACCUCGGGCCCACGCUCUACCUGCACAGGAAGGAGGAAGGUGUGUGGCUCUGGGAGGACCCCAAGGCCCAGCUCCCUGCAGCUUCCGUGCAGGCUGUGGUGGUCCUGUGUACCCUGGAGAGGAAGGAAGGGGGCCUUGGAGGGAGGCAAGGGAAGGAGAGUUGGUUCCCAUUUCCCAGAGCGGAUGUCAGAGUGCGGUUGGGUAGGGCAGGACCCAAAGGGCCAAGGCCCAGGGCCUCGUGCUCUUCCCCACAGCGUGUACAUCACUCCUGCAACUCCCACCCCCUCCGCCCCUGCCUGACUCCAGGAGAGCCCCGGCCAGGGGGCUGGGGGAGAAAGAAGCUUCGGGAGCCCAGACCCUCUCCCCUUCCUUCCCAGCCCUGUUCUACCGUGGAAGAAGAAAGGCUGAGAAGCAAAGUAGUUUUCAGAAGGGCUCCUCCAGCCCGCAGAAGUGCUGCCCAAGCACCGUCCUUCAUGAAAUCCAAUCCUGACCCCACUGUAGCCUCGCACAUAAUCCCAGAGCCAACCUCCAUCAUAAACCCAACCCCAACCUCUCCCCCACCUUCAGCCGCAAACUCAGUUCCAAUCCCAACCCUACAAAGAACCCCAAUCUAACCCCAAACCAACCCUGACGUCAGUUUCAACCUCCACAUCCACCUGACCCUAACUGUACCUGUUAGGGACCAGCACUUUGUACCCAGGAGACGCAGAGAAAGGAAACUGACCUCCAGACCGGAGGGGCUUUAUUGUAAGCCAGAGAGGGGCGCCACCUCAACUGGACAGACCCCAGGGAAGAUGGCGCGCCCCUGCCGAGGGGUGAGGGCCUUAAGUAGGGCUGGGGAAGGAAGUGAAGCGAUAGGGGAUGGAGUGAGUCCAUCAAAGGAGGUGCAGAAGUUCCUGGCCCGGGGCAGCUGGUUCCGCAUUCCGAGUUUUACGGUUGGGGGGAAGAGGAGGAAGGGGAAGUAUUACGACAGCAGCUUUAAGGUGGGGGCUGUUUGCUCAAGUCGGGUAAUUUCCCAUCACUCCCGACUGUAAAAAGGUUUAACAAGGAGUGGGGGUGAUGUCAGCUUCCUGCUGGUUGGGGGGGCGUGGCAAGGAGCGAGGGUCCCUCAGUGUCCGAAGGAGCAGCGUGAGAAGCAGUUUGGGAAGUGGCAGUCAUUCAGGCGAUUAGGAACUUCUGUAGCAGGUUGACAAAACACGGAAGAAAGGUUAGAGGCAAAACUACACCACAAGGGGCGUGAGGAGGUGGGAGCCAGGUGGGCUGUUUCCAAAGAUGGUGGCAGAGCCCCCUGACCCUGACAAGGAGGCUGCCUGCUCCGGGAGUACGACCGCACCGGACUUGUUAACGAAGAAGCAGCAUUGCUCCCCCAGGAACGAGCGUGGUGGAAAGGUUCAGGCCUCGACAGCUUUGGAGAACUGCUGGUACCAGAGGAUCGCCUGGUCCUGCGGUCGCUUGUCCGAGAGGCUGCGUUGGCUGGGGGUUCUCUGCAGGCUCUGGAUAGCGUUCGAGCUGGUCUAGGGAGGUUCCUAAACCAGUAGCUGCGGUGUUGCCCCGUGAGGACUCUGAGAGUGGCAGGGGUGUGGAGGAUCGACUCGUCCGUGGUGUAAGGUGGUGGUGGUGGGGGGUAGAUAGGUGAGGGUACAGGUCUCCGUCCAGUAGGAAGGAAGGCACAAGGAAGUCGGAUUCCUGUAGGCAGAGUACUCCCCUGACAAAAGGCAGAGGUGGCGAGAGAGCUCAGGCGGGGGUGGCAGGAGGUGUCUGUGGUGUAUAUGGGACGGGGUGGGUGGAGGUCAGGUUUGCCCAAUCACCGGUUGACCCGCCCGUGGUUGGGGAAUGGGAGUUUGAGAGCCGUGGGGGCAUGUAUAGCGUGACUAUAUGCCCAUUGGAUGAGCCGCUGAGAAUGAGGCCCUGGUUAUGCACAAAGGGGCCUGUUCCGGGGUGCGGCCGGGGCGGGGGAGCUUGGCUGCACUUCCAGUGACUGACACGGAUUCCUGGGAUGUGGGGGCAAAUAGGUUAAGUGGUUGGGGGAAUGGUGUUAGAUUGGGAUUGUCCGGCUGAAAAGGCUGGCUGUCCCUUCUUCUAGCAGGCAGGAGAGGCCCAGACAUUGUGGGGAACGGGGCUGAGGUGGAGGCUCAGGCACAGAGCCAGCACGGGGCCAGGAGGGAUGCGGAGCGUUGAGGACGGGCGGUAGUGAUGGCGCAGGCUGGCCAGUGGAGCGGCCAGGUCAGAGACGGCCGAGAGCAGUGCAGCGUCCUCCCCAGGGGAGCAGCGAGCACCAGGAGGAGCUUCUCACCACUGCUCCAACAGCUGGGGGUGACCGCGCUCGGCGCUCGGCGCUCGGCGCUCUCCAGGAGUCGGGCUACGACUGCGACCAGGACAGAACCAGAGAGCCAGAGACCAUCUUCCAGAAGGAGGUCGGGAAAUUGUCAGUGAAGUGGAAGGGUGGAGUGAUAAACGGAGGGGGAGGCUGGUUUAAGUCUCAGCAGAUGGACCCAGGGUGGAUAGGCCUUUCAUUUAGCUGCCGUGGGUGUAGCCAUGAUGACGUGUACAGUCCCGUCCAUUUGGGUUGUAGGGACGUACCAGGCUUGGGAAUGCACAGGUCAAUGGAAUUGCCUAUCUUGAUGGAAGAGUGGGGACCAGUGAGGGCAGGGGUGAGGAAGGCGUGAAUCUGAGUGGGCCCAGGGCGCUGCCUCGAUGUGGGACAGGAGAGGGUGAAGCUGAGGGGGAGGCGGGGUGGAAGGGGGCGAGGGCAGGAAUCCAGGGAUGAGGAGGGGCCAGCCAUUGAGGAUGUCGAAGGGGCUGAGUAUAGGGGUUUUUCAGGCAUGGCCCUCGGGGUAACAGUUUGAUCUGUUCGAGCUGUGUCUCCAGGGCCGGUUUGAUCAGUGUUUUUUGUGACCUGUUAGUGCAUUCCACCUGCCCUGAGGACCGGGGAUGAUGUGGAAUAUGGGAUUUGCAAGGCAUCUGGAGCAGCUGGACUACCAGGUGUGUUGGAAGUAUGGCCGCAUUGAUUUUCCUAAGGUCCUGGCCGUUAGGCUUUUUCACCCCUAAGAUGGGAAUGUUAUGUGGUGAGCAGGUGGGGUAAGCAGAUAUGAUCAGAGAAGCUUGAGUCCCAGAAGCGUGGGUGGGCGCAGGGGGUAUUGAGAUGUGGUGAUGUAAGAGGCUGGGUCUUUCAGGGAGACUGAAAUAGGCUCUAGUGAGAGAAACCCUGGGGGCUGUGUGUCCUAGGCAACAGGGUUGAUGAGGGAGUGGUUUAAGUCAAGGUUGCAGAAGGCUCAAGGAGUGGUUGCCCAUUGUCCCUGGCCUGUUGUGCCAGGAAUGUGGUUGUGAUAUUUACGGGGGACUACAGAGGGAUGCUCCCAGCUUCCAAAGAAAGUCUCGUGCCAGGAGGGCCAGCGCACGUGGGGGCAGAACUAGAAAAGAAUGAGUGAGGAUCAGGUCUCCGAAUGUCCAGAGAACGGGUGGGGUAGUAUGGGGAUAGCCUUGCCUGAGAUUCCCAGGAUAGGGUGGGAACUGAUAUUAGAAGGGCCACGCCACUCAGUAAGAAGGGAGAAAGCCUCCCUGGUGCCACCCACCAAUGGAAAGGGGCAGGCAGCCACAAUCCCUGUGGUCAAGGCUCUCUGGACACAUGGCUGUAAACAGUGGGGUAGGGGGAGCCUAGGCCUCCUCAUUCUAAGAGCUGAGCAUAAGGGAAUCUGCCGGUUCUGUGGGCUGAACUGAAGGCCUGGGUGCCCAGUCCUGGGGGCAGCCCACCUUCCAAUGUCCCCCCAUCCACAACGCGGCCACGCCUUCGAGGGAGGCCCAGGGUUUCGGCAAGCCUUUGCCCCGUGGCCUGCAUUGCCACAGCGGAAGCACACACCAGGAGGGCUUUGGGCUGGGAGUCCUGAUUGGUUUAGAGCUUUGUGGGUUUAAGGCGGGCUGGAGGAACUGGUAUUUGGUUUUCAAGGGUCUCUCCUUCUCCCGUUUGGCCUUGUCCUCCCUAUUACUAAAUACUCAGAAGGCAACAUUUAUAAGUUCCUACAGGGGAGUUUGGCAUCCCUGUUCUAAUUUCUGGAGUUUUUUCUAGUGGCUGGGCCAAUUGAGAGUUGCACAGUUGUGAGAAGAGAGCGCCUGCAGGCGUGCGGAGAUCCAGGCUGGUAGACUCAGGAAUGGCUUCUGUGAGCCAGGCUGUGAGAGGGGGUUUUCACCAGAAUCCCGGGUGACUUCCCGGCUCUUAUCAUAACUGACUUGACCAUGGGAAUUUUUACCAUGCCACCUUCUUCUUUUUAUAAGAUUGUUUAUUUGAGAAGGAGGGAGGAAGGGGGAGAGAAAGAGAGAGAGAGAGAGAUCUACCCACUGGUUCACUUCUCAAAUGGCUUCAACAGCCAGAGCUGGGCAGAAGGCCGCUGGGUGUAGGUUCAUGUUUUGUUUGUGCUUUGUCAGCAUGUUCGCAGGCUGCUUGCCAAAGUGGGCCCGCUCACCGGGAGUGAGUGUGCAAUGUCACAUAUGAAGGGUAUCUGACCAGGUGCAGCGGGACACCUGGGCCACACCAUGGGGCUCCUUUCAAUUAUUUGCUGGAUUCCUGGAGGAGCAAAGCCAGUCCUCGACAUGGGACAUGGGCAUAGGAAAAGGAGCGUGGACCUGGACGCUGCCUUCCACUCUCACUACCUCCCGGAGGGGGAACAUAUGGAGGGGCUGAGUCUUGGAAUGGGGGGCGGGCAAUGGGGUGGAGGCGGAGGCGGAGGUGGAGGGGGCAGACCUAGGAACCGAAUCCAGAAGAAGGGUGGAGGGUGGAGGGCAGAGCGGGGGAAGGGGCAGAAGAGCCAUAGGGAAGGGGUUCAUCCGCCGGGUCAGGAUCUGAAAUGGAAGAGGGGUAGCCUGGGGAUCAGGGGUCUUGGGCAUGUGGCUUUCCAGAGUCUCUGCAAGGAGGAGCUGGAACGUGGAAGUGAGGAACAAAGAAGACGGCCAAGGUUGGGGCUGAAGGUCCUGAAUUCAAGCCAAUGAUUCUGAUUGUCCAGUGACUAUCUUGGCCAAAUUUGGAGGCAAAGGAGUUUUUUGGCCUUGAGGUCAGCAGCUAACCCUGGAGUCCCACGGUUCUGCAAAAGGCAACCUGAGGACCGUCAGAGGGAACAGACUGUUCUGGUCCCACGGUGCUGGCGGGAAGGGCGCAGCCACCUUUCCUGAGGUGGCCCUUGGUCCAGGAAGUGCCGAGACGGAAACCUGGGGAGUGGCUGAGCAUCCUCCGACCCCUGGGGUCUGAUCUGUGAGAGAGAUAUCUACCCCAGGACACCACGGGGAGAGAGGAGGCCGCUGCUGGAGGCCAGUGAUCAGGUGGUGAAUGGGGAGAGCAAGAGGGGAGGGAGCAGACCUGGGAGCAGGGAGGAGAGUGAACUGGGGCCUCCCAGAACGCCAGCAAGAGGCCCGAAAGGGUCUCCGCCCCGCUCAGUAGCCGUUCCCUAUCAUAGAGCAACCAGGCUCGGGGUGUGUACCAGUCGCCCUCUAGCCAAAGUGAGCACGGGGCAUUUGACGGAGUCCUCGCAGCACUCGACAGACCAGGCCAAGAGGAGGUCCUGGGCUUGGCCAGGGUUCGACCCUAAAUGUUAGGAGCCGGCAUUUUGUAUCCAGGAGACAUAAAGAAAGGAAACCGACCUCAACCAGACAGACGGAGGGAAGACUGCGCACCGGCUGAGGGGUGAGGGCCUCAUCCCGAGCCAGGGAGGGAAGUGAAGCCAUAAGGGCUGGAGUGAGCCCGUCAGCGGGGGUGCAGAAGUUCUCCUGCCCCGGCAGCCGGUUCCGCAUUUCGCGUUUUCCAGUUGGGGGAGGAGGAAGGUGAAGUACUAGGACAGGACCCCGGCUUUAAGGUGGGAUUGUUUGUUCAAGUCUUUGUGAUUUCCCAAGUGUCCCCAAGUCUUUACACCAACGUCCUGUCCGAACCUCAGCCCCACACCGGAACCCCAACCCAAUUGGAAUCCUAAUGUGAACUCCUCUCCCUAACUGCUGGGGAACCCCAUGCUGAUCUUAGGCCGGCAUUCACCAUCCCUGCCCCUCCAGUCCACCUAAGCCCCAUCCAGUUCCAGCAUGGCUCUCAGCCUCAGCCAUUGCCUUCCCAGCCCACUCCACCCACCCCUGCUCGAGGCUCCCUUUCCUUCCCCAGUCACCAUCUCAUUCCUACCCCAGCUAUUGGAGGCCGCCACAGGACUCACUGGACUGAACUUGCAAACCUCGGCCAGUGUAUACACACACACACACACACACAUACACACACACAUCUCAAUGCACUCUGAGCACACAAGGUGCACACACAACAUGCACACACUUCUCAAUAUGCACACACAUGAACUCACACCAGUGUGCACAUGCAUGCACACACCUCAGUGUACACAUACACACAGCCCUCACUGCACACGUAUGCAUGCAUGUGCACACAUGUGUAUACACACCCCGGUGUGCACACCAGUGCACAGCGCACACACACACCUAGUGCACACAUGUGCAUACACACCCAGUGCACACACAUGCACAUGCAAUCAUAUAUACUUCAGUGCACACACAUAGACCUCAUUGUCACGCACAUGCACACACACACCCCUUGUGGGGUAUAUACACUCAUACCUCAGCACACAUACAUGCUCUCUUUGGUGUACAGACAUGCCCUGUAGGGGAUCACACACGCACCUCAGCAGGUACAGACAUACUUUGUUGUACUUGUACACAUCCCAGUGUAUACACACACACACACACACACACACACACGAAGGGGAGGGGAGUCCUGCCAGGCUCUGAGGACUGGCCUGCGAGGUGGACCAAGCGUUUCCUGCCCCACCCUGUGGCUAGGCCCCUUAGGAGCUUCCUGCCCCGCCAAGUCCUUCAAUAUUGACUCUCCUCCCUCCCUCAGCAUCCCUGCCCACUGCCUCCCUGGAGCUGGCCUGGCACCGGCCAGGGCUGGAGAGGAGCAAGGCAGAGGGCCUUUCUCCCGUGCCGUGGGGAGCUCUGCAGGCCUUGAACAAACAGCGAACACACGCGGUGCUGAGGGCACGGUCCUGGCGGGGUUCAGGGUCCGAGGGUUGCAGGCUUAUACCAGCUCCUCCCACUAGACCACGCGUGCUGGAGGGCACUGCGCCUGCAGGGGCCUGGCGUGGGGAGCGGGCGGAGCUCAGGGAGGACCCAAGGCUGCAGGAUGGGCAGGAUGGGGCCAGCAAAGGGUGAGGGCAGGCAGCGGCUCAGCAAGGCAGCGGUGGCCAGAGGAACCUGUGGGGACCAGGAACUGCCGCUCCUGCUGCUAACGAUGGUAACGACCGGAGGACGCCUCACCCAGGGCUUUCUGUGCACCCAGCAUCAGGGUGAACAGUCUAAAACCUUCUCUGAGACUCAGAGAGGGGAAAACAUUUGCACAAGUUCACACACCUCAGAACAGGCAGGAGGUGGGACUUGAACCCAGUUCCUCUUUAAAGUCGCGGGAGCCGAGCCUGGUCCCUACCUCAGCUCGAAGUCUCAGCUCUCUCAUUCCAGGGUGUCUUUCUAACCCCUCCCUUCCCCAGGCUGAAUAACUCAACAUUUCCCUGACUAUCCCAGUCCCUAACACCCUCGGCACAAAAUGACCUUGAACCCCGGUUCCUUCUCUGAGAACACUUGCUCUCGUUCUUCAGAACUCGGCGCUGGCACAGCCUCCUUGGGAAAACCUUCCAGAACCGCCUUGCCCGGGACUGUAUGAGGUGGCCCCUCCUCACCGGGGCAGCAAAUCCCCCCCACCCUGCCCCACUAUCCCAGGCUGUCCGUCUGGCCCCUUACCUCCCUUGUCAAGGGCAGGGCAGGGCCUGCAGGCCCUAUACCAACCAGCACAUGGCCUGGCUGGGGGUGACCACAGGACCCAGCCUGGUGCCCAGGGAGGGGCUGGGGGCUGACCUCUUCUCUUAGCCUUAUCUGAUCCAGAGGCCGGAUGGGCGAGCAGAUGAGAUGCUGACAAAGGCUCUGGGUUACUCAGUAACCCUGCCUGCUUUAAAAGGCCCCCUGCUCUGGCUGCCACAGCCAGCUGCUCCUCUCCUCAGCCACCUGCUGCCAUGAACACCUUCCUGCUCUGCGGACUGUGCCUCCUCGGGGCCUGUGCCACCCUGGUGGAGGGGGUCACCGUGCAGGAUGGAGCGCUCUCCUUUCCUCUGGAGGCCGUGAAGAGGCUGAAAGACCUCGAGGAGCUCCCGCAGCCCAGGCUCGCAAGCCCUCUCCGGAAGCUGGCACCCCGGCCUCGUGAAUCUGCCGUUCCCAACGCUUGUAGAAACCAGAACUUUCCAGAAGCGCUCAAGCCUCUCUGCAAGGAGCCCAACGCAGGCCAGAUCCUCCAGCGGCUGGUGGCCAUCGCGCAGGACCCGAGCACGUGUGAGAUCUGUGCCUACGCCGCCUGUACCGGAUGCUAGGGUGACCCUGCCUUGCUCGCUGCCUUCUCUCUGCUACCUGCCAGGAGGGGCUGCCCCCCAAACCCCCACUCUCGGGAGCUCAGCCCGCUCUGGCUCAGGCUGUGGGGCGGUGGGGUGGGUGACAUCAGAGCUGCCUCCGGACCAGAGGCCCGGUGCUUCCCAAAUCCACUCCAACUCUCAGCUAAUAAA